AUGGUAAAUGUUUUUUCUACUUGUGCGGUGUUCUUAGCACUCACGACCUCCGUCAUUGCAAAGCCGGUGGCUGAGCCAGCGAUCACCCCGGCUCCAAAGCUGCUUGACAAGAGAGCAACAAGCUGUACGUUCUCGGAGUCCAAUGGCGCAUCGUCAGCCAGUGAAUCCCAGAAAUCGUGUUCUACUAUUAUCCUGUCGAACGUUGCAGUCCCCUCAGGGCAAACACUAGAUCUUAGUGAUUUACCAGACCAUACAACCGUUGUUUUUGAAGGGGAAACGACCUGGAGUUAUCAAGAAUGGGACGGCCCUCUACUACAGAUCUCAGGCAAUGGCAUCACCGUGGAGGGUGCUUCCGGCGCAUAUUUGAACCCCGAUGGAGCGCGAUGGUGGGAUGGAAAAGGCAGCAACGGAGGAAAGAAAAAGCCCAAGUUCUUCUCUGCGCAUGAUCUUACUUCGUCAUCGAUCACCAAUUUGCUUAUCCAAAAUACUCCGGUUCAGGCAGUGAGUAUCAAUGGCUGUAAUGGCCUCAAUAUCACAGAUAUGACUAUUGAUAACAGCGCCGGUGAUACCGAAGGUGGUCAUAAUACGGACGGCUUUGAUAUCGGCUCCAGCACUAAUGUGGUCAUCACUGGUGCGAAUGUAUAUAAUCAAGACGAUUGUGUUGCUGUCAAUUCUGGAACAGACAUUACCUUCAGUGGUGGCGUUUGUUCCGGUGGACAUGGUCUAUCCAUUGGUAGUGUUGGUGGCCGAAGUGACAAUACCGUCGAAACUGUAAAGUUUGAAAACUCCGAAGUAAAGAACUCCGUCAAUGGCAUCCGCAUUAAAGCGACUGAAGGCGAUACGGGCACCAUCACCGGGGUUACUUAUUCUCAAAUCAUUUUACAGGAUAUUUCUGGAUACGGAAUUCUUAUUGAGCAGAACUACAAUGGCAGUGACUUGAAUGGUGGUACUCCAAGUUCCGGAAUUCCUAUCACUGAAUUAACCGUUGAACACAUAUCCGGAAGCGGUGCAGUCGAAUCAGGGGGAUACAAUGUAGUUAUUGCCUGUGGUAAAGGUGCCUGCUCAAACUGGACAUGGGAGGACGUAGUUGUCACGGGAGGUAAGGAUUACGGUUCCUGCUCAAAUGUCCCUAGUGUAGCAAGCUGCUCUGCGUAG